AAUGCCCUACAUUAUUUGUAGGAAGAUGCCAGGAGGUGAAGGUGGACCUAUUAAUCUGGAUCAAACAACCGUCACAUUGGAACCUGAUAAUAUCAGUAGCGGGGGAUUACAUGUUCCUGGGAAAGAUAGAGUGGUAUUUCGACCUCCUGAUAGAAAGUCUCUUCUAGGAUUGGAUGUUCUUGCUGAUGCAAAAAGGGAAUCUAAGGGAGAUGGUCAAUUCAAGGUUCCAAGGGAGAAGUCAGUUUCAGUUGUGUCUUCUAUAGACGAAGAUGAGAAGUCUGCAUCCUCAGGAUUGGAUGAGGUUGGGGGAAAUGUAUCCAAUAGUGGACGUAGUCAUGCCAGUCGUCGUUAUCGUGAAACAGCUGCAGAUGAGACUUCUCAUUCAGAAAGUAAUUUGACAAGAGAGGUCCAAGAUACUGAUACAGCUGGAGCUCAUCACUCAAAUGAACGUAGGCAUUCCGAAGUUCACACGCCAUCUACUGGAAGUACCCGGAGUGGUCCAUCUCAGAGUCCUUAUAGGUAUGAUAGGGAUGGUCGUCGUAGUGACAGAAGAGACUCUAGGAAUGACUCUUGGAGUGAGAGCAGGAGGCUGCAAAAUAGACAUGAUGAUUAUAGUAAAGACAACUAUCGUGGAAGGGAAACACCUAGUCGACAUGGAUAUGAACGGAAGUAUGAAAGAGAAUAUGGAAGAAAACGAAGUAAAUACAGUAAUUCUUCAAGGACACCUGGCAGAUCUGAUUGGGAUGAUGGAAGAUGGGAAUGGGAAGAUACUCCACACCGAGAUAGUCAUUCUAGGACUGAUAGACACCAUCGACCUUCACCAUCCCCGAUGCUUCUUGGAGCAUCACCGGAUGCACGACUGGUGUCCCCCUGGUUGGGUGGUCAUACACCUCAUUCUUCGGGGCCUGCUGCUUCACCUUGGGAUUAUGUAUCUCCAUCUCCUGUCCCAAUACGUGCUUCUGGAUCGUCAGCUCGGUCUUCAAAUUCUUAUCCUGGUGGAAGGUCCCAUCAACCAACAUUUUCUGCAGAAAAUUCACGACGAAUUCAUGAGGAUGGAGAAGCUGAUAAAAGUCCUUUAGACAAAGAACAAAGCAAUGAGAUUACUGAAAGAAUGCAUUUAGAGAUGGAAUACAAUUCUGACCGUGCAUGGUAUGACAGAGAAGAAGGUAACACAAUGUUUGAUAGUGAUACCUCAUCAUUUUACCUUGGGGAUGAUGCUUCUUUGCAAAAGAAAGAGGCUGAGUUGGCUAAGAGACUGGUUCGGAAGGAUGGAACACGGAUGACACUUGCACAGAGCAAAAAGUUAUCACAACUGGCUGCAGAUAAUGUUCAAUGGGAAGAUCGCCAGCUUUUGAGAUCUGGGGCAGUUCGGGGGACUGAGGUGCAAACAGAAUUCGAGGAUGAGGAUGAGCGCAAGGUUAUUCUUCUUGUUCAUGAUACAAAGCCUCCAUUCUUGGAUGGGAGGGUUGUUUUUACAAAGCAAGCAGAUCCAAUAAUGCCCUUGAAAGAUCCUACAUCCGAUAUGGCUAUAAUAUCACGCAAAGGAUCCACGUUGGUUCGGGAAAUUCGUGAGAAACAGAGUAUGAAUAAGUCACGUCAACGGUUUUGGGAGCUUGCAGGAUCAAAACUUGGUGAUAUCCUGGGUGUGGAAAAAACAGCAGAGCAGGUUGAUGCAGAUACGGCUAAAGUAGGGGAGGAAGGUGAAGUUGACUUUAAGGAGGAUGCAAAAUUUGCACAACAUAUGAAAGAGAAGGGAGAAGCAGUGAGUGAUUUUGCAAAGUCAAAGACCUUAGCACAGCAGCGACAAUAUUUGCCAAUAUAUUCUGUACGAGAGGAGUUACUGCAGGUUAUUCGUGAAAAUCAAAUAAUUGUUGUAGUUGGGGAAACUGGUUCAGGAAAGACAACUCAACUUACACAGUAUCUGCAUGAAGAUGGAUACACUACAAAUGGUAUUGUUGGUUGCACUCAACCAAGGCGUGUGGCAGCUAUGAGUGUUGCUAAGCGAGUUAGUGAAGAGAUGGAAACUGAGCUGGGUGAUAAAGUUGGUUAUGCCAUCAGGUUCGAGGAUGUGACUGGGCCGAACACCAUAAUAAAGUACAUGACUGAUGGAGUUCUCCUACGUGAGACGCUGAAAGAUUCAGAUCUAGAAAAAUAUCGUGUAAUUGUUAUGGAUGAAGCUCAUGAGAGAUCACUCAACACUGAUGUACUCUUCGGGAUACUGAAGAGAGUUGUUGCACAACGUCGUGACUUCAAGCUCAUUGUCACAUCUGCAACCCUAAAUGCACAGAAGUUCUCCAACUUCUUUGGAAGUGUACCAAUAUUCAGCAUUCCUGGAAGGACUUUUCCUGUAAAUACUCUGUACAGUAAGACCCCGUGUGAAGACUAUGUUGAAGGUGCAGUGAAGCAGGCCAUGGCUAUCCACAUUACCAGCCCUCCUGGCGACAUCCUAAUAUUCAUGACUGGCCAAGAUGAGAUUGAAGCAACCUGCUAUGCACUUGCAGAGCGCAUGGAACAACUUGAAUCUUCCACUAAGAAGGGAGUACCUCAACUCUCAAUACUCCCCAUAUACUCGCAGUUGCCAGCUGACUUGCAAGCCAAGAUCUUCCAGAAAGCUGAAGAUGGGGCCCGCAAAUGCAUUGUUGCCACCAACAUUGCAGAAACUUCGUUGACUGUGGAUGGUAUCUUUUAUGUCAUCGAUACAGGCUAUGGUAAAAUGAAAGUUUACAAUCCUAGGAUGGGUAUGGAUGCUCUUCAAGUGUUUCCAGUUAGUCGAGCUGCUGCCGAUCAGCGUGCUGGUCGUGCAGGGAGGACAGGACCAGGUACAUGUUAUAGGCUAUAUACGGAGAGUGCUUACCAGAAUGAGAUGCUGCCUAACCCUGUGCCUGAGAUCCAGAGAACUAAUCUUGGCAACGUGGUUCUAUUGCUCAAAUCCCUUAAGAUUGAAAACCUACUGGACUUUGAUUUCAUGGACCCACCUCCACAGGAUAACAUCCUUAAUUCCAUGUAUCAGUUGUGGGUUUUAGGUGCAUUGAACAAUGUUGGGAGCUUGACAAAUCUUGGCUGGAAGAUGGUUGAAUUUCCUUUGGAUCCACCACUUGCUAAGAUGCUCCUUAUGGGAGAGCAACUAGGAUGUUUGAAUGAGGUUCUGACAGUUGUGUCCAUGUUAUCGGUGCCAUCAGUGUUCUUCCGGCCAAAAGAUAGGGCAGAGGAGAGUGAUGCAGCAAGGGAGAAAUUUUUUGUGCCAGAAUCAGAUCACUUGACGCUCCUCAAUGUAUAUCAGCAGUGGAAGGCAAACCAGUAUAGGGGAGACUGGUGCAAUGAUCACUUCUUGCAAGUUAAAGGGCUGAGGAAGGCUAGGGAGGUGAGAUCUCAGUUGCUGGAUAUACUCAAGACCCUUAAAAUCCCACUCACAUCAUGCGGGCCUGAUUGGGAUGUUGUAAGGCAAGCCAUCUGUUCUGCUUAUUUUCAUAAUUCUGCACGGUUGAAAGGGGUAGGGGAGUAUGUUAAUUGCAGGAAUGGAAUGCCAUGCCAUCUCCACCCUAGUAGUGCUCUCUAUGGUCUUGGCUAUACUCCAGAUUAUGUAGUGUAUCAUGAAUUAAUAUUGACAACUAAGGAGUACAUGCAGUGUGCGACUGCAGUGGAGCCCCAGUGGUUAGCAGAGCUAGGCCCCAUGUUUUUCUCAGUGAAAGAUUCAGAUACAUCGAUGCUUGAACAUAAGAAAAAACAGAAGGAAGAGAAAACUGCAAUGGAGGAGGAGAUGGAGAAUUUGAGGAAGAGACAAGCAGACGAAGAGAGGGAAAACAAGACGAAAGAGAGGGAGAAGAGGGCGAAACAACAGCAGCAGGUGUCUAUGCCAGGAUUACGACAGGGCACAUCCACAUAUCUUCGGCCUAAGAAGAUCGGCUUGUAAUUAUAUAUUAUGUAUUUUUACCCAAUUGUUCUAAUUCUUUUGUAUCCUUCAAAAAAGAAUAGAUUGAGGCAUUGUAUAAAGUUUUGGUAGUUACGGCCUAAGAGAUAAUGUAUUUCAUUUCAGAUAGAUGUCAACACUGAUGGAAAUAUAUAGUUCCCUCUAUUUUAUAUGCAACACUGCAUCCUUGAAAAUUGAAGUUCACAGAACCUAUUGAAAGUUACUUUAAGAAUACAACUGUCCUAUGUAUUCUUUCUCUUUCAAGAUAAUGUCUGCUCCAUUUGUGCUCUAUUGGCUAAGCAGGAAGAAUGAUAUUCCAUAUACAGUGAUCAUGAAUGAACUGCAGUUAGUUGUAAG